CGGUGCACAGAAGUUCCUGCUGCUCACGCUUAUGAUGUGAAGUCCUUGGAGGGUUUAUUGUCAAAAUGCAAUAACUGUUUUCCAAUUAAUUUAUUAUACACACUGUUUAGUGUUAACGGAAACUCUCUGAUCAUCUGACGGCGGCGGAAGUUUGUCCGGUUUCCUGAGAGCCGGAAUGUCUUCGUUAUGGAGCCUGAGGCCAGUGCUGACAUCACUGUUGCAAGCAUCCCAGCAUGCCUCUGCCUGGACGGGUCCCAUCCUCUCCAGGACGAUGGCCACUCUCAACCAGAUGCACCGCCAGGGGAAACCCAAACAACCCCCUAAGUCUAUCAGCGCCACGUUCGGCCAUCCCCAGCUGAAGGCGGUGGUCCUGAAAACCAUGAACCGAAAGCCCAAGAAGCCCAACUCCGCCAACAGGAAAUGCGCUCGAGUGCGGCUGUCCAACGGGAAGGAGGUGGUGGUGUUCAUCCCCGGGGAGGGACACAACGUGCAGGAGCACAACGUGGUGCUGGUGGAGGGCGGGAAGAAGCAGGAUCUGCCCGGAGUCAAACUCCGAGUGAUCCGAGGGAAAUAUGACUGUGCUCACGUGGUGAAGAAGAAACAGUAGACUGAGAGAGGGAACGCUGCUGUGAUGUGUGUGUGUGUGUGUCAGAUGUUUAAUAAAUACAUGUGUUCGUCAUCAUCAUGUCGGUGACUGGCUUCAAAGUGACGUUAAAGUUUUAAUGGAGACGUUAAAUACACUGCAUGGCCAAAAAUAUGUAGACACCAGCUCAGUCCACCCAUAUAACAGCCUUUACUCCUUUAGCUCCCGACGUGAUGUUUAAGCUGCUGCGUUCAGACUCCAGAGUGUCGGCGAGGUCCAACACCAGUCAGUGUUCCAGUUCAUCCCAAAGGUGCUGGAUGGGAUUGAGGUCCACACAGUUUAUAUAUUCAGCAUCAUGCUUGUGUUUGGCCACGUGUUGGAGCUGGUUUGCUGUCUCUCUGAAGUCACUGUCCAUUAGUUGCUCACUCUACUCACUGUACUUCAAACAGAAUGUCUUUUACAAACCUGACAUGUUUGUGAGUCACUUUCAGUCCAUUCAGAAUGGACCGGAGACCCACCAGUUGGGAACCACUGCAUAACCCAUAUUAAUGAUUCAAAGCAAAUUCUGAGUAAAAACUAGCAAGGAAGGUUCCUAAAUGUUUGGUUUUACACAUUUAAAAAGUGUCAGCAGGUCCUUGAAAUGUCUUAAAUUCAGUUUAAUAAAUAUUUGGCCUUAAAAGUCAUUAAAUAGUCUUAAAUUUGAUUGUGAGGGGGCUUUAAACUACAAACAUUCUAUAUAUUUUCAUUUAUCUUUUAAUUUCUUGUCAAAAUUAGAAACGCUCUACUGUGUGAAAGUCCACAUAUCUGAUGUUACAUAUUUUAAACCUGCCACUGAACUUAAUACUGCUUUUACUUUGUACUUACACUUAUCUGUUGACAGAAUGUAGAUCAGCCUAUCACUCACUCUAAUAACCAUAUUAUAUAAAAACCUCUCUCUGCAUGGGACCACAUAUAUACUUACCCUUUUUUAUGUGCAAUGCUUUUUAAAAAUCAGUCUUAAAUUUGGUUAAAAAUUAUCUUGAUCUGUAAAAUAAAAUAGUGUUGGCCAAUGUAAAGCACAGCGGUGAAACUCAGAUUUCUUCAGUAAAUAUCACAAAUUUAUUGAUCCCCAAGGGGAAGUCAUGAUCCAU